GACCCUCUCUCUGCCGGUUUCCCCUGCCGUGCGAUCCGUCCGCUCCCGCGUUGACUAAGGCGUCACGGGGACCCAGGUCGCGGUGACUGCAGCACCCGGGUGGCCCGCAGGCGCCCGGCCGGGCCGAACGGCCCCGCGUGGGCGGAAACAGCUCCGCCCCUUCACCCUCAGGGGCGGGCCUUCCGCCCCCUGCAGCGGCGCAAUGCGGAAGAGCUGGGCCUGCUGGAGCGGAAGUGACGCCUCCGGUGGCUGUAGCGGCGGCGGCUGCGGGAGAAGGAGGAGGAGGAGCCGGAGGAAGAGGGCUGCCUCUGAAGAAAGGAGGAUGGCUUUCAGCAAAGGAUUUCGAAUCUACCACAAAUUGGAUCCCCCACCGUUCAGCCUCAUAGUGGAAACUAGACAUAAGGAAGAAUGUCUCAUGUUCGAGUCUGGGGCUGUGGCUGUGCUCUCAUCUGCAGAAAAGGAGGCAAUUAAAGGUACAUAUACCAAAGUACUGGAUGCAUAUGGACUUUUAGGAGUUUUGCGGUUAAAUCUUGGUGAUACCAUGUUGCAUUAUCUGGUCCUAGUCACUGGAUGUAUGUCUGUUGGGAAAAUUCAAGAAUCUGAAGUUUUCCGAGUUACUUCCACUGAGUUUAUAUCACUCCGAGCUGAUGCUUCAGAUGAGGAUCGCAUUUCAGAAGUCCGUAAAGUUUUGAACUCAGGAAACUUUUAUUUUGCGUGGUCUGCAUCUGGAGUCAGCUUAGAUCUGAGUCUGAAUGCACAUCGCAGCGUGCAGGAGCACACGACUGACAACAGGUUUUUCUGGAAUCAGUCUCUGCAUUUGCAUCUCAAGCACUAUGGUGUGAAUUGUGAUGACUGGUUAUUACGCCUCAUGUGUGGAGGAGUAGAAAUCAGAACAAUUUAUGCUGCCCAUAAACAAGCAAAGGCUUGCCUCAUUUCAAGACUAAGCUGUGAACGAGCUGGGACAAGGUUUAAUGUCCGGGGAACAAAUGAUGAUGGUCACGUUGCCAAUUUUGUAGAAACAGAGCAGGUUAUAUACUUAGAUGACUCUGUUUCUUCCUUCAUACAAAUCCGAGGAUCUGUUCCAUUGUUCUGGGAACAACCAGGGUUGCAAGUGGGAUCCCAUCGUGUCCGUAUGUCGAGGGGAUUUGAAGCCAAUGCACCUGCUUUUGACAGGCAUUUCCGAACACUUAAGGAUUUAUACGGUAAACAAAUAGUGGUGAAUUUGCUUGGAUCUAAGGAAGGCGAACAUAUGCUAAGUAAGGCUUUCCAGAGUCAUUUGAAAGCUUCUGAACACGCUUCCGAUGUCCACAUGGUGUCUUUUGACUAUCAUCAAAUGGUUAAAGGAGGAAAGGCGGAAAAGUUACACAGUGUCCUCAAGCCUCAAGUCCAGAAGUUUCUAGAUUAUGGAUUUUUUUAUUUCGAUGGCAAUGAAGUUAAAAGGUGCCAGAGUGGUACAGUUCGAACAAACUGCUUGGAUUGUCUUGAUAGAACAAACAGUGUGCAGGCAUUCCUUGGCUUAGAGAUGCUAACUAAACAGCUGGAUGCUCUGGGCUUAGCUGAAAAGCCUCAGCUAGUGACUCGCUUUCAAGAAGUUUUCCGGUCCAUGUGGUCUGUGAAUGGCGAUUCCAUCAGUAAGAUAUAUGCAGGCACCGGAGCCCUUGAAGGGAAGGCCAAGGCUGGAAAGUUGAAAGAUGGUGCUCGCUCUGUCACCAGGACCAUUCAGAACAACUUCUUCGACAGCUCCAAGCAGGAAGCCAUUGAUGUUUUGCUCCUGGGGAAUACUCUAAACAGUGACUUAGCUGACAAAGCCCGAGCACUUCUAACCACUGGAAGUUUGCGUGUUUCUGAACAGACAUUGCAGUCAGCAUCUUCCAAAGUCUUAAAGAACAUGUGUGAGAACUUCUACAAAUACUCAAAACCCAAGAAGAUUCGAGUGUGUGUGGGAACCUGGAAUGUGAAUGGUGGGAAGCAGUUCCGCAGCAUAGCAUUUAAGAACCAGACGCUCACAGACUGGCUUCUUGAUGCUCCCAAGUUAGCUGGCAUCCAGGAGUUUCAAGAUAAGAGAAGUAAGCCAACUGAUAUAUUUGCAAUUGGCUUUGAAGAAAUGGUGGAGUUGAACGCUGGGAACAUUGUGAAUGCAAGCACAACAAACCAGAAGCUCUGGGCAGUGGAGCUGCAGAAGACCAUCUCCAGAGACAACAAGUAUGUCCUGCUGGCUUCGGAGCAGUUAGUGGGUGUCUGCCUGUUUGUUUUUAUCAGACCGCAGCAUGCUCCUUUUAUCAGGGAUGUUGCGGUGGAUACUGUGAAGACUGGGAUGGGAGGAGCGACUGGAAACAAGGGGGCAGUUGCAAUCCGGAUGCUCUUCCACACCACCAGCCUUUGCUUUGUCUGCAGCCACUUUGCUGCGGGGCAGUCACAAGUCAAGGAGAGAAAUGAGGAUUUUGGAGAAAUAGCACGGAAAUUGAGUUUUCCCAUGGGAAGGAUGCUGUUUUCCCAUGACUAUGUAUUUUGGUGUGGUGAUUUCAACUAUCGAAUUGAUCUUCCUAAUGAAGAAGUUAAAGAGCUCAUAAGACAACAAAAUUGGGAUUCUCUUAUAGCUGGGGACCAACUCAUCAAUCAGAAAAAUGCAGGGCAGAUUUUUAGAGGAUUUUUAGAGGGAAAAGUGACGUUUGCUCCAACCUAUAAAUAUGACUUGUUUUCUGAAGACUAUGACACCAGUGAGAAGUGCCGCACCCCGGCAUGGACAGACCGAGUCCUCUGGAGGAGGAGGAAGUGGCCUUUUGACAGAUCAGCUGAAGAUUUGGAUCUUCUGAAUGCUAGUUUCCAAGAUGAAAGCAAAAUCCUUUACACAUGGACCCCGGGCACUUUGCUGCACUACGGGAGAGCCGAGCUGAAGACUUCUGACCACAGGCCCGUCGUCGCCCUGAUUGACAUAGACAUAUUUGAAGUGGAGGCUGAGGAGAGACAGAAAAUUUAUAAAGAAGUCAUUGCAGUCCAAGGCCCACCAGAUGGCACAGUGCUGGUGUCGAUCAAAAGUUCUGCACAAGGAAACGCUUUUUUUGAUGACGCUUUGAUUGAUGAGCUGCUGCAGCAGUUUGCACACUUUGGGGAAGUCACACUCAUCCGAUUCGUAGAAGAUAAAAUGUGGGUUACAUUUUUGGAGGGAAGCUCUGCCUUGAAUGUUCUGAGCCUAAAUGGUAAAGAGUUAUUAAAUCGGACUAUAACAAUUACUUUAAAAAGUCCAGACUGGAUCAAGAAUUUAGAAGAAGAGAUGAGUUUAGAGAAGAUCAGUGUCACAUUGCCCUCAUCGACGAGCUCCACCCUGCUCGGUGAGGACGCAGAGGUCACAGCUGAUUUUGACAUGGAAGGUGAUGUCGAUGACUACAGUGCUGAAGUAGAGGAGCUUCUUCCUCAGCAUCUGCAGCCAUCCUCAAGUUCUGGCCUUGGCACUUCUCCAAGCUCUUCACCCCGGACCAGCCCCUGCCAGUCACCUACAGUGCCAGAGUACUCUGCACCGUCUCUUCCCGUCAGACCCAGCCGAGCACCAUCCAGAACUCCAGGGCCCCCGAGCUCACAGAGUUCUCCAGUUGACACUCAGCCAGCGGCCCAGAAGGAUUCUCCCCAGACCUUAGAGCCUAAGAGGCCACCCCCUCCCCGCCCAGUUGCUCCUCCAGCACGUCCUGCCCCACCACAGAGACCACCUCCACCUUCAGGGGCUAGGAGUCCUGCACCUGCUAGAAAAGAAUUUGGAGGUGUUGGAGCCCCUCCCAGUCCUGGGGUAGCUAGGAGAGAGAUGGAAGCACCCAAAAGCCCGGGAACAACACGGAAAGAUAAUAUAGGGCGUAAUCAGCCUUCACCUCAAGCAGGCCUUGCAGGCCCAGGACCUGCUGGAUAUGCUGCAGCCAGACCGACAAUUCCAGCACGUGCUGGAGUGAUCAGCGCCCCUCAGAGCCUGGCUCGGGCAUCUGCUGGAAGGCUGACUCCUGAAAGCCAGAGCAAGCCCCCAGAGGCAUCGAAAGGUCCAGCUGUCCUUCCAGAACCACUGAAGCCUCAGACUGCUUUUCCUCUGCAGCCUUCGCUGCCCUCCCCUGUUCCAAAGAUGCAGGAGCCUCUCGUCCCCACGGCCGCACCCAUGCCUCCCUCUGGCCCCCAGCCCAAUCUGGAAGCCCCACCACAGCCCCCACCUCGGAGCAGGUCAUCUCAUAGCUUGCCUGCAGACUCCUCACCACAGCUACAACAGGAGCAACCAUCAGGGUAACAGGUAAAAACAAACGGAGUUUCUGGUGUCAAACAAGAACCAGCGCUGAAGAGCGACCCAUUUGAAGCUCUCUCCCUCAGUCUGCUUGCUGUAUCCAAGGCUCAGCUGUCUGCUCAGAUGUCACCUGCUCUAACCCCAGACCCAAAGGUGUUGGUCCAGUUGCCUUCCGCAUCGCAAAGUAGUGUUAACUCUCUGAGUUCUGUAAGUUGCAUGCCAGCCAUGCCUCCAGCUCCCGCUCGGAGCAAGUCACAGGGAAGUAUGGGGAGUUCUGUAAACCCGUUUCCCAGCCUGCCCAGCUGGAACCCUUUUACAGACAGGACUGCUACCCCUGGAAACCCAUUUAGAGCGCAGUCACAAGAAUCAGAGGCAACUUCUUGGCUGUCCAAAGAAGAGCCCGUUCCUAGUAAUCCUUUCCCUCCCCUCGUGCCUCUCAGUCAUGACACGAGCAAGCCGUCCAGUUCAGCUGAUGGUUUUGAGGACAGUUUUGACCUGCAGAGCCAGAGCACAGUGAAAACAAGCAAUCCCAAAGGGUGGGUAACCUUUGAAGACGACGACGACGAUGACUUUCCCACAACAGGAAAGUCAAAGUCAGUUUGUUCAGACACGCUGGGGAACGCUCCAGCUUCGUUUCAUGACGACUGGAAUAAAGGGGCAAGUGCUUCUUCCUGUGUGCUGCCAGCCAGAAGACCGCCACCUCCUCCGGUGCCCCUGCUCCCGCCCAGCACGAGCUCAUCCCCUGCAGGACCGUGCACAACCCAGGCAUCUAAGGCGUCUCCCACACUGGACUUCACAGAGAGAUAGUUAGGAUGGCAAGGGAGUUUGUGCGGUUUGCUUUGGCUGUUUGUUUCUGUUUUGUUGGGGUAGAGUCGAGAGAAUGGGGCAUUAGUUACUCAUUAUGUGCAAUAAGUAAUCAUUAAGUGCACUGAUAGCUGUAUCAAAUAGCACUAGAGGAUAUGGACAAAGCUGGAGUUUAUGUAUAUUGGAAAUAACAAAGACAUCCUCUUAUUAGCUGGAGUUCUGGUCUUUCUCUUCAGAUGAACAGGAGAGAGAGCAGAAGCCAUUUUAAAAAGUGCUUAAAACUACUUUAAAAAAUAGUCCUUACUGAGAAAUUCACAUAAAAGUCACAUAAAGCCAACACAACUGUAGCUGACAUUACUGCCAGCCCACUGUGCUGGUGACAAUUGGUAUUUAUGGAUAUUUACCAAAGAGCUUCCAGAGUUACAGUGCAACAGUUCUGAAGGCAUGCCUUUAGCAAAAAGGUCUAUGUGUGUCUACAUCAUAUGCAUAUGUUUGUAUGCACACAGAUUUACAUAUUCAUAAAACUUAAGUCUUGAGAUACAAUUCAGGUCAAAUUUUACCUAGCAAUUCUGACAAUGUCUUUUUCGGUAUCUCAUUAUCAAAAAGAUGGCUGCCACCCGGAUGUGCUUUAGAUACUUUCACUAAUUUUAAAUCCCAGAGUAGAACAACCGCUUUACAGAACUGCCAUUUCCUAUUGUUGUACUCCCCAGCCCUUCAGAUUCACCCUCAUCACCUUCCUCCCCUGUACCUCUAGUACGCCUUUCUCUGGGGGGUUACAGUUGACAGGACAGGCACUCAGAACAGCAGACACACACCACCGAGUUUAGUGCGGAAUAGUAGAGCUAACAUGCUCUCCCUUUCCCUUCCCUACCUUUCUAUUGGCCGCUUUGCCCUGGAGCUUUGCUUUCUGCAGGGAAAGCUGCUGUUGAGUGCUCUGAAUUGGGAACAUAUCCCAUGUGUGUUCUCUCCCAUGUUAGAGGCCAUAACACAUCUAUGAUGCUGCUUUAAGGUUUUAGAGGCUAUACCUCAAAUUUCUGUGGAUUCUGUCUCCUGCACUGCCCGUAUGCAACCGAUCUUGCUUUUAUUUUGUGAAGAAGUACACGGAAUUUUUACAAAAAAACAAAAAACAAAAAAAACCAUAGUAUUUUGGUAUCAUUAAGUAAGCCAGUUGAAAACUCCCUAAGGUGUUGUUUGGUAGUUGUCAGUUGAAGUUAAAAUCAUCCUUAGCCAUUAAGACUUAAUGUUCUUUUUUAUAUAAAAAAAGUUACAUACACCUAAGUUCCUACGUCCACAUGAACCUUUAAAGAUGUGUAUUGUGAUAACUAGAAACAGUUUAUGGCUGCCAUCACCUCCAUGUAAAAGCACAGCAGACUUCGUUGCACUUCUCACGUAGAGUGAUCUGUUAGGACAGAGCACCUUCGCAAAUGCUCAGUGUUAUCAAAAUACUGUAUUUAUAGAAGUAAUCCUCUGCUGCAGCCAGAAGUUGCUGUAAGCAAUAACUCCCAUGAGUUUUAUAUUGUGCUUGUUGGGAGUUCUGAUCAUUUCAACAGUAGUGGCUUUUAAACUGCAGUGUUCCUAUAGCAGUGUGCUUCCAAAUGUGAAUUAACCUGUUGAGAUUGUGGCAGUAACAGCUCUGUGACCAGUGUGUAUGGUAUCCACUCCCAUUAGCAAGCUAACCCAUCGGUAGGGAACAGAAGCAGUGUGUCCUGGGUAUAAACCACUGUACAGUUCUAUAGAGCAGCGGCUCAGCCUUGUCAGGUCUGGCACACUGCUGAAAACGCACAAGGGAAGUUAAAGUUUGCUACAAAAAAAAAACAAAACCCUAGACAUUGUGUGUGAAUAUUUACCAGCUCUGGGCAGAGCAGAGCAGAAAAUAGACACUAAGAAUCUCUGUGACUGUCUGUUCUCUAUAGUAGGUUGCUGUUUAUAUGUAUGUAAGAGUUUUAUUGCUUAUGUGGCAUACAAUAUUUAUAACUAUAUACUUUAUAGAAGUACAGUAUUAAAGUCAGUGGUAUACAUUCUGUAUAUAUCCUGUGAAAUGUGCUGUCAUAUGAAAUAAAUAUAUAUGUCUUUACCACCA